AUGUCCGGCGACUACCCGUUCGCGGCGAAAAUUGUGAGCCCGGUUAAGUGCAAUGAAAAACCCUGGGAUCUGUGGGUCAGUGAAAUAGGCCACCUGUCGCCGCGGCAGGAUGACGACGCCACGUUCACGACGCCGGCGGCGGUGGACAAGGGUGGCGCGUCCGUGCGGCGAGUGCACGACGGCCACCCUUACAAGCAGGCGGACAGGCAGGCGCGCUACCGUCGCGCUGGCCUCAACCGCCUCAAGUAUGAGAGCAUGAGUCUCCACGGACUGUUUCCCCAGAUGGACAACUUGAAUGCUGCAGUGUGUCAUAUGUGUGGAGUGAUAGUGAAAUGUAGUGCAGCAUACAGACACUUGCUAGAGUCUCACACGGGGGCUGAGCCUCUGCCCCCGCCACCCCCACCUGUCUCUACUCACAAAAGCCGCAGCCGGCAUAAAAAGGAGCCCCCUCCACCUCCCAUCCCUGUAGAUAUACUCCCAGUAAAAAUGGAUUCAUCCCCAGCCCACACCGCAACACCUCCUCUGUCAAGGCUAAUGCUACCCCCACAGCCUGACCUGCAGUACCUAGACGAAGCCAGCACAUCCUCCACUGUGCCGGGGGAGGUGAAGGUGAGCAUGGAGUGUGGAGAGUUACCAGUUGUCAGUAUACAAGACACAGAGGAUCUACCCCUCGGUGAAAAUUUAACUGAUGAUAUUUUUGCAAUAAUGAAUUCUGAAGGUAUUCAAAGUGCUGAUGACAUCACAAAUGCUGCUGACUGGAAGAAUAUUAUUAGAGAUAUUGGAAAUAUGGGUGAGAUUAAUUUUCCUCAAGCUACGGACACUGUUCCAGCACAAGACUUGUAUCCUCCGAUACACUCAUCAUCACUAGCAUAUGCAAUAUCAGAUUCAGAUCUGUCCAAUAUACAAUUUGCGGCCAACACAUCUCCCAUGUUGCCUACGGUGAUGGACGCGAACGCGCUGAACCCACCGCCACCGAAGCCAGUGGCUACGCCGACCACGCCAUCGACAAAAUCAUCCUCUAGGUCUAAAACUAGUAAAACGAAGUUCAAUUUACGAGAAUACGAUCCGAAUAAGCAUUGCGGUGUAGUGACGGCAGAGAAUCCCAAGCCUUGCACGAGGUCACUGACGUGCAAGGCACACGCACUGUCGCUACGGAGGACGGUCGAGGGGCGCUCCAAACCCUUCGACACGUUGCUGGCGGAGCAUCGAGCGUCGCGGGACGCGGGCGCGGCCGCGGCGGCGGCGACUGCGGUCGCGCCCGCUCCCGCAGCGCCCGUGCAGCUCGCGCCAGCACCCGCGCCGCCGCCUGCCGCGCCUCUCAACCUCCCACCGCUCCUAGUCAAUACCUCGAUAGACCUGAGUACGUUCAACGGCCUCACCGCCGAGCAACAGGUCAACGAUAUCUACGCGAGUCUCCUCAACGUGGAGGAUCCUAAUUCGGUGCUUCCUGAUACAUCGAGCAUCACGUCUUUGUUGAGCCAACCUUUAGCUCCUGAGGCGUUUCUCAUGCCAGACGAUGCAGAAAUACCUCCAGAAGUUCCCAUCUUAAGCAUAGCGUCCCCGUUGCCGACGCCGACGGCGCGGCUGGACGAUAAGCCAGACGAGGCGCCUCCGCCGCUAGUGCCUGCAGACGUGUGCUGGUACUCGUCGUGCCCGCGCCCACUGGCGCUCUGCACUUUCAACGCGUCACACGCCGGUGGUGCCAUCACAUUAGGUAAAAAAUUUGCGACUGUUCGAAGUAAUAUAAAGUCUUCACUGUCACGCUCGCAGUGCAAGUCGUCGGGUAACGUGAACAAUUACUAUUACAAUCCGAACGCAAUGUCGUUGUCGAAAAGUGUGCAUAUGAACGCUAGUAAAACGAAUAAGCCUGAAGUGCGUAAACUUAUAGUGACGUGUAGUAGUGGCAUGGGGUCAACGGGGGUGGGUGCGGGCGGCAAGGAGGUGCAGCAGACGCUGAGCGAGUUGUUUGGUGGCGAGGUACGGCACGCGCUUAACGGGCACGCGGCGCACGCGGUGACGGGGCUAGCGGCGGUGGCUCGCCGGCCUCCGCUGAAGCACGCGGCGGGCAAGCGGCCGCCCGCGCCAGUGCUGGACCUCGGGUUCUCGCUCGACCCGCUGCUGGCCGACGAGAAGUGCUGA